AUGGUCUCAGGAGACUUGGUUUUCUCUUUAGACUGCAGCAGUUACACAAGAGUUGUCGGACUUCUCUGUGUCUACUUGCUGUCCGUCCAUCUGCUUUUACAACAGCACAAACUGACCCACACAGGUACGGCUGACCUCAGAGCAGCUGAGCUGAUAUUUUCAUCUCUGAAUACGACUGCAGAGAGUCCACAAGAGCGAAGCCCAGGGGUUUUAAGUCGUAUCGGCAGCUGGCUAUUGUGGGGUUGGGGCAGCCCACCGGCGAGGGGAGAUGUGCCAUCAUCCAAAACACGACAGAACAGUCAAGAGGAGGCAUCAGACGAGGACAGCAAAGAAACCAGCUCACCUGCCCCCGCCACUGAGAGAAACCAUUGUUUAGCAGUAGAGGAUCACACCCCUAUCCCAUCAGAGAUAAGCCCCUCCCUUACCUGGAAUGCCAAACAUUUGAGAAUCGAUUCUGCAGGAGGGGGAGGGUCGAGCGGUCAAACCUCUGAGGUGUAUCUGGAGGAGACAGGUGAAGACACAGAUCUUCUCAUUCACACCAACAUAAAACACAGCAAAAACAGUCAAUCACUUAAGAGAAGAGAGCCAAAUAUCUCUCUCUCAGAACCAACACCAUCACAGGUAGACCUCCUUGACCAAGAGGAGCCAGACCAAAUGGGACGGAGAAGGUCUGGAAAGAAGAGGAGGGGCUCUCAGGGAGAUGGGGGUGGGGCUAAAUCAAAAUCACCAACCACGAGUCAGCCCAGCAGCCCUGCAAUAACCAGUUGGGCAAGAAGCCCGGAGACGUUGUGGGCUGAGUCAGCAUUUGAGGAGGCGCCAAAAACCGUUUGCGAAUGCUCCCAAGGGGAAGCGCCAAACUCACCUGAAGCAGGUAGCUACGAAGAUACAGUACAAAGAGAAUGGGCAGAAGCACACCUGAGUGAGGACAUCGUUGAACCCUUGGACUCGCCGGACGGCCCUGUCAGCUACACACUGACCUCUGUUACUGAUUCAGACAUGGAUGAGGACACUGUUGUCAGACUGACAGAAACUCCUGAGUCCAAACGCAGAAGUGUCAAAGUUUCUCACAGUGAAAAGUUUUUCGCUAAGAAGGUUUUUGUCACCUCUAAGACCCCUACAGAGGAUCAACAUGAGAAGUUUAAGAGAGCCGAAGAAACGACGGACCUUGGCCUGACGAAGACUGAAGACAGGGCAAGAUCUUCGGACAACAGGCAGGAUGGUAAGGCGAAGGGCCGAAUUGCAGACAAAAUCAGUUUGUUUGAAGGCCAAGCAACCAGUACAGCUAGGAGCACCACAAACCCAAGGCUUCUCGACAAUACACCAGCACGAAAUGUGACGAGUCACCUCAAACAGUUUACAGAACCUGCGGGUACACAAGCCGGUUCCACCAUUCCAAAGCAAUCGAUUAAAGAGCGGGCACUGAAUUUCAGCACAGGUCAGAAGGGGGACGAGAAGUUUACACUGCCAUCUGGGACGUCGGUGGUAUCUGGGAAAACAUCAAACGGUGGACAUUUAAAGACAGUUGGUUAUACUGAAACAUCUCAGCUUUUACAAUCUACAGCAAAACCAUGUACCAACAGAGAAAAACCUAAGGUUAAAUCCAAACCUUUUUCAAGCUCAGACCAAACAGACUCCAAAUCCCCCAAUGUAACAGAGAUCGUUUCUACGUUGUCAGAAAGCACAAGUGACUUAAUAGCUGAGGGUAAAGGGGUGGAGAAAGAGAGUUGUUUUUUACCAUCUGAUGAGACCCAGCCGGUCAAAUCUCCGACUCGGACCGGCUCAAGAUCCAAAAAGCGAAGAAGCAAAGAUACGACUCAACCACUCAGCCCCACCAGCAAGAACAAACCAGAAUCAUUUCAGGAAGUGAAAGACAUAAAAAGCGAUUCAAUGCCCAAAAUCACAUCAAAACCUUUUACAAAUGAAAAAACCUCAGUUGAAAAAGAAAAAUCUAACAACUCUGUUGAGGAGAUUACAACUGUAAAACCUGAAAAGCAACCAGAAAUGUUAAGAGCAGCAGAUGUGGGGCAAAACACAGAAAAAACACUAGACACGGACCUAAAGAAGAUAAAAACUUUACAAGCGAUUGCUACGAUAUCCAAAGAGAUCAAAAGCAUGGAUGAGAAGGAGAGAAAGAAAAAGACUUUCGGCUUUAAAACUAAGACAGUGACCUCCACAUACGAAAUACAACCUUCACCACCUUCUGUAUAUGAGAAGAAAAACGCCCAAACUGAAAAUAGCUACAGUGAGGACCAAACAAAGCGAAAACACUCAGAAACCAAAGAGCAAGGGACAAACGGCAACAAGACUCCAGUGGUUCAGAAGAGCUCAGAAAGAGAGAGCUUGAAGAACAGAGGCACGAUUGUAAACAAAUUGUCUGAAGAACUAGUGAAACCAGAUCCAUCUGUGACAGAUGAAGAUCGGCCAUCAUCCCCAGAUCACCUGAAGAGAUCCAACUCUAAAAACUACUCUGAGUUAGCCAAUAGCAGCUCCAGGAAGGAUGUCAUGCAGAACAGAGAGAGUGAGACAGAUAUGAAGGUGUUACCUGAGAAACACGCCGCUACAUGCGUGUCGACAACAAGAAGAACCUGUAGCAUAAAUUCAAAUGAGGAACUAACCCAGUCGAAGCCAAGCCGCAAGAAUGAUGAGAAAGAUUGUUUAACUGAGACAACAAGUCAGAACAAAAAUAAAGAAAAUGUGACAAAAACAAUUCACCAAAGCACUAAGAGCAAAGAACAAACAGCAGAAGAUUUAAUGCAGGAGGGAAUCAAAUCCAGCACUGAAACUACAGGGGGAGACACUCCUAAAACCAACUCAGAAAUGACAUCUGUAGUGAAUAGAGAUGUAACAAAAAACAUACGUUGCUCUAGCGAUGAAAAAAGAGUUUAUGCAAUACAACCUAACAAAGAGAAUCCUUCUGUCAUUGAGAUGUACACCUCAUUAUCCUCCAGAGCCAAUGAAUUAUUCACAGAGCAACCUGAUCAGGCCGAUGUGAAGAUCACUACUAAACCAGCAUUAACAGAUGAGCCACCUUUUAGUUUUUCAGCAUCACUUAAUGAAAAGACCACGCCUUCAACCUCAACUCCCAAAAAGGCCACACCUCCACAGGACUCAUUUAAGGAAAAGACCACGCCCCCACUGGCUUCAUCAGAUAGAACGACCACAUGUACACCUGAAACAACUAGGGAAACGGCCACACCCCCACAAGACUCAUUUAAGAAAAAGUCCACGCCCCCAUUGGCUUCAUCACUUAGAAUGGCAAUACCUCCACCAGCAUCAACUAUUGAAAAGCCCACACCUCGACUGGCUUCUUCUGAGGAAAAGCCUACACCUCCAUCAGCCAUAUUGGAUGAAAAAGCCACACCCUCAUCAGACUCAUUUAAGGAAAAGACCAAACCCAUACAUGCUUCAUCAGAAAGAACGACCACACCUACACCUCAAACAACUAUGGAAAAGGCCACACCUCCACCAGACUCAUUUAAGAAAAAGUCCACGCCCCCAUUGGCUUCAUCACUUAGAAUGGCAAUACCUCCACCAGCAUCAACUAUUGAAAAGCCCACACCUCAACUGGCUUCUUCUGAGGAAAAGCCUACAACUCCAUCAGCCAUAUUGGAUGAAAAGGCCACACCCUCAUCAGUCUCAUUUAAGGAAAAGACCACAGCCACACAGGCUUCAUCAGAAAGAAUGACCACACCUACACCUGAAACAACUACUGAAAAGGCCACACCUUCACCAGACUUAUUUAAGAAAAAGUAUACGCCCCCACCGCCUUCAUCAGAUAGAAUGACCACACCUAAAACAACUACUGAAAAGGCAACACCUCCACCAGCAUCAACUGUUGAAAAGACCACACCUCCACUAACUUCUUCUGAGGAAAAGUCCACACCUCCAUCAGCCAUUUUGGAUGUAAAGGCCACACCCUCAUCAGUCUCAUUUAAGGAAAAGACCACACCCCCACAGGCUUCAUCAGAAAGAACGACCAAAUCUACACCUGAAACAACUACGGAAAAGGCCACACCUCCACCAGACUCAUUUAAGAAAAAGUCCACGCCCCCAUCGGCUUCAUCAGAUAGAAUGGCAAUACCUCCACCAGAUCCAACUAUUGAAAAGCCCACACCUCGACUAGCUUCUUCUGAGGAAAAGACCACAUCUCCACCAGCCUUAUUGUAUGAAAAGGCCACACCUCCACCAUCCUUAUUGGAUGAAAAGACCACAACUCCCCAAGCAUCAACUAUUAAAAAACACACACCUCCUCAGAUUUUAACAAAUGAAAAGAUCACACUUCCACCAGCCACAUUAGAAGUAAAGGCCACACCUCCACCAGCUUUAGUAAAAGACAAGGCCACACCCACACCAGCAUCAACUGUUGAAAUGGUCACACCUCUACCAGCUUCUUCUGAGGGAAAGACAAUGCCUUCAGCAGCCUCUUCUGAUGUAAAGGCCACACCUCCACCAGGCCCGUCUGAGAAAAAGACUAUGCCUCCACCAGAAACAACUACUGAAAAAGCAAAAUUUUCACAGGCCUUAUUAGAUAAAAAGGCCACACCUCCACCAGCACCGACAAAUGAAAGGGACAUUCUUCCACCAGCAUCAACUAUUGUAAAGACCACACCUCCUCAAGUUUCAGCCAAUGAGAAAUCUCCAGCCCUCAUUAGUAUAAAUAAACCUCAAUCUUCAGACCCAGCCACAAGAAAAAAGGAAUUUAUCCUGAAGCCCUUGUAUCUUCCACAGAUCCCCUCUGUACCCGGACGUGUCUAUCUGAGCGGGGACUCUCCAUCCAGCUGGCUGGAUGUGGAACGCCCUGUUAGUAGAAAGCAGUCUAUUCCAGACCCCAAACCAAAGCUGAGCUCUUCCGUCAGUGAAACCGACCUGCUGGAAGCUUCCAGAGAAUUCGACCCAGAUGACUUUCUUGCCAAUGUAAAGAGGUUAGCAAUGCCCUUCACUAUUCCCCAACGCAAAUACAAGCAGAACCGCCUGCAAGCCCCUCCAUUCGCCAUGCCUCCCAUCAGAGAAGACCACGAGAAACCUUUUGAUCCAGAGGAGUUCACGUUUGGCCUGAGUAGAAGGAGGGAAUUCAGUUUGAAUCCAAUCACAACUUCACUAUCCAGGAAUCAAAGCUCAGAUGUCAAGGAGGGGGAUGACAAGCGUAAAAGAAUAAACCCUGAGAGGGAGAGCAUCAUCAAGAGGUCCGUCCUCUUCAAGAGAACUAAGACUGGGCCAGAGGAGGAAGGAGAAAAAGAUUCAAAUGAAGGUAAAACAGAGCCGGUAAAAGCCAGGUCUCGUUUGGAGAAGUCUUCCAUUCUCAGCAGUCUGCGCAACACCAAAGAAACGAGACGAAAAGAAUUUUUAAGCCUCACUGAAAGUCCUACAGAUGUGCUGUUGUCACCCAACAAUGCUUCUGAGUGUCCUUCAUCAGGGACAACACAUCAAACACUUCAGUCACCCAAACAAGACAAAGCAACUGAAGUAAAAGACAGCACAAGCUCUACCCAGACUUACAAUCAGGUUACCCAGACUUACAAUCAGGUUAAUGUAAAACCUGUCAAAGAUGAAGGCCCUCGAAUAACACCUGACCACAAACCAUCUUUGGCUGACCUGACGCUCACCAAGACUGUUGACCCUUCACCACCCAUGUGGGAGCAGACUGGUUUCCAGAUUAAUUUACAACCUGAAAAUAAUGGACCACUCAAGACACCUGACCCCAAAACAAGCUCAGCAGACCCUACAGCCACAGUAACAGACGCUAUUGCUCCUCUGCUGCUUCCUUCCUUUGACAUCAAGUUGCCUGAUUACCUGGAGAAGUUUCUGCCAAAGGAGCCUAAAACAGCUCAACCAUCCGACAGAAUCCAAUCAUCGGUAUCUAAGGGAAGUGUAUCUGUACCUGAUCUUGUGGGUUUGAACAAGGCUAUUGAUGUUCAGACAACCAACAACAACGUUCCAGAAUUUCCAUCUCCUCCUGUGAACAUUCCAGUUGCUCGUGGAUUCCAUCGCCGCCCUGGAAAGAUCAUGAUAUUUCAGCAGCAUCAAUUCACUGGUCAGUCCUUUGAGUUCUACAGGGAUGUAGAUGAUGCUACACAUCUACAGCUCUCAAGUGUCAUUUCUAUUAAAGUGAUCAGGGGCUGCUGGAUACUGUAUGAGAAACCAGGAUUUGAGGGGCGAUCCAUCCCUCUAGAAGAGGAAGAGCUUGUGGAAUUACCUAAUGAAUGGGCAGAAGAGGCGGGACAAACCUCUGUUCCUUUUGUCAUUGGCUCAGUUCGGCUGGCCCUCCAAGACUAUACUCCACCCCGGAUCGAUUUGUUCUCAGAACCUGAAGGCCGGGGCAGAAUCUCAGAGUUUCUUGUUGACACAGAGGAAAUGGGUGCCUUCGGUUUGCCUCUGAACACUGGAUCCAUCAAAGUCCACAGUGGAGUAUGGAUGGUGUACAGUGAUCCAGGGUUUCAGGGACUGUUGGCGGUGUUGAUGAUCGGAGAAUAUCCGUAUCCUGAAGACUGGGGUUUUCCAGAGGUGGGGUCACUGAGACCUCUACAUAUGGGUGGUGUGAAAGUCCAAAACCCAAACGCUGUAAAGGCUUUGUUGUAUGAGAAAGCAGGUCUGCAGGGUCGCUGUGUUGAAGUUCAGGGAGAUGUGUUUUCUUGCAAAGGGAUAGACAGGGACUCGGGGGAUCGAGACGGUCAUGGAUUGAGAUCUGUGGAGUCCCUGAAGAUUCUCAGAGGCCUGUGGGUAGGAUAUGAGCAGGAGGGUUUCGAGGGGCAGCAGUUUGUUCUGGAGGAGGGAGAAUAUUUGGACUGGAGAGAUUGGGGUGGAACGGGUCAGAAUCUUUUUUCUCUGCGGCCUGUCAUUACGGACUUCUCUUCUCCUCACAUGAAGAUGUUUAGUAAUUUUGACUUCUCCGAGCGGGGUGUGAACAUCGACCUGAUGGAGCCGCUGGAAAACCUUGCAAACACGGACUACGGUUUACAGACGCACUCCAUCGAAGUCCUGUCUGGAGCAUGGAUUGUGUUUGAGGAACCCGGGUUCUGCGGUCAGCACUAUGUUUUAGAGAAAGGUCUGUACAGCAGUCCUGAGGAUUGGGGUUCAUCCAAAAGCCGAAUUCUCUCAGUCAUGCCGGUUAUACUGGAAAAUCCGAGUUCUUCUCACUUCAAGAUUCAGAUGUUUUCAGAGCCUGAAUUCAGUGGUACAUCUGCAACACUGGAGGAUAAAAUACCCAGAAUGCCUGAGGGCUUCAUCAUGUCUUCCUGUAGAGUUCUCACUGGAAGCUGGCUGGUGUUCGAUCGUGAGAGUUUUUCUGGAUCGCAGUGUGUUGUGGAGGAGGGCGAUUAUCCCAACCUGAGGAUGCUGGGAUUCACACAACCCAACACACCAGUUCUCUCUCUCCAACCUGUUGGACAUGAGUUUUCUCUGCCAUCUAUAGUUCUGUUUGAGCGUUCUGGAUUCAGGGGUAGAAGAACUUUACUGAAGUCCAGCACAGUAAACCUUCAGCUAACAGAGAGCUGCACCAGGGUUUCAUCUAUACUGGUGGAGGGUGGCAUCUGGGUUCUCUAUGAGUCUAAUAACUUCAGAGGUUCUCAGUUCCUGCUGAAGCCAGGUGAGGUUCCUGAUUGGCACAAACUUUCCAACUGGCCACGGAUUGGAUCACUCCGCCCGCUCAUUCAGAAACAAGUGCACAUUCGAUUACGGAACAAGGAGGCGGGGUUAAUGAUGUCUGUCAUCGAGUCAGUAGGAGAAUUGAUACGAAUCCAGGCAAGCGAGGAGACAGGUGGCGUGGAACAGAUCUGGAUCUAUCAGGACGGUCACUUGCUGUGCAAGGGUUUGCCCAGCUGCUUUGUGGACGUCAGUUCUGGUGUCCUGAUGGCGGGCAGCAGAGCGGUUCUGUCUUCAGAACCAGGUAAACCUUAUCAGUUGUGGAGCAUCAAGUCUGACGGUCUCAUCCGGAACAAUGCAGACCCAAACCUCGUACUGGAGGUCAAAGGAGGUCAACAUUUUGACAAAACCCAGAUUAUUCUCAAUGUAUUCCAACCAAACAAACUUAAUCAAAGAUGGUCAUUGGAGCUUCUCUGAGCUGACGACAGGGAUUCGACUUAAGCUCUUUAAAGCUCCACCAGAGGGACCAAAGUCCUGUGAGGCAGCCAGCUGCACCAGAGGGACCACAGUCUUGUGAGGCAGCUGCACCAGAGGGACCACAAUCCUGUGAGGCAGCUGCACCAGAGGGACCACAGUCCUGUGAGGCAGCUGCACCAGAGGGACCACAGUCCUGUGAGGCAACUGCACUAUAACCUUUGGACUAUAUAAAUUGUACUAUAACCUGUGAUUAUUAUGGAAAUCUCAUUCUUUAAAGAUCUACAAACAAGACGAGCUGGAUAAUGAUCCUGUUCUUUUGGACACUGUGUCAUUUAACACGUAAAUAUGCUUGUACAUUUGCACGUUUAAGCUGCCUGACAACAUCAUGAAGACAUUUUACAGAAGCAAAAUUACUUGAACAAUCCUCCCUCAUAAAUUUUCAUAUUUUCUAUCCUGUAACUUACCUGUGUGGACAUUUGACUUGUUUUCCCUUCAGUUGUAUAAAAUUGUUUGUUUAUAAAUGAAAUGUCUGUGUUAAUUA